AUGAUUCAAAUUAUGAACUGGCUCUCAAUGGUCAUAGGACUAAUACCUCUGAAUCGUCAGGAUACGGAAACCAAUUUCAUAGUCGACUACGCUAUGAUGUUUAUUGUGCCUAUUUUCUAUGUGGCCUGCUACCUCCUGAUCAAUUUAAGCCACAUUUUUGGCCUCUGCUUCUUGGAUGCCUGUAAUAGUGUUUGCAGACUGAGCAACCACCUCUUCAUGCAUUUGGGUGCCUUUCUUUAUCUUACAAUCACUCUUAUGAGUAUCUAUCGUCGCAAGGAGUUCUUUCGGCAGUUUGACGAGCGAUUAAAUGCCAUUGAUGAAGUUAUCCAGAAAUGUCAGAGGGUGGCCGAAAUGGAAAAAGUGAAGGUCACUUCGGUAAGGCACAGUGUGACCUACCACUUCACCUGGCUUUUCCUGUUCUGCGUUUUUAGUUUUGCCCUGUACUAUGAUGUUAGAGCGCUGUAUCUGACCUUCGGCAAUUACGCUUUCAUACCGUUCAUGGUGUCCAGUUUCCCUUACUUGGCCGGCAGCAUCAUUCAGGGCGAGUUCAUCUAUCAUGUGUCGGUCAUUUCGCAGCGCUUCGAGCAGAUUAACACGUUGUUCGAGAAGAUUAACCAGGAGGCCCGCCACCGCCACGCCCCACUCACCGUAUUCGAUAUCGAGAGCGAGGGCAAAAAGGGAAGGAAGACCGUUACACCGAUUACGGCCAUGGACGGCAGGACGACAUUUGGCAAUGAGAACAAGUUGGCCGGCGAAAUGAAACGGCAAAUGGGCCAACAAAAGAACGAUGAAGACGAAUUGGACACCAGCAAUGACGAGGACGAGGAUGAUUUUGAUUAUGACAAUGCCACCAUUGCCGAAAAUAAAGGAAACACUUCGGAGGCCAAUUUACCGGACCUCUUUAAGCUCCAUGACAAAAUCCUGUCACUCAGUGUGAUUACCAAUGGCGAGUUUGGGCCACAGUGUGUACCCUAUAUGGCGGCCUGUUUUGUGGUGAGCAUUUUUGGAAUUUUCCUGGAGACCAAGGUCAACUUUAUAGUGAGCGGAAAGAGUCGACUGCUGGACUAUAUGACCUACUUGUAUGUUAUUUGGAGUUUCACCACCAUGGUAGUUGCAUAUAUCGUGCUUCGACUGUGCUGUAAUGCCAAUAAUCACUCCAAGCAAUCAGCCAUGAUAGUCCAUGAGAUAAUGCAAAAGAAACCGGCAUUCAUGCUGAGCAACGAUCUUUUCUACAACAAAAUGAAGUCGUUUACUUUGCAAUUCCUUCACUGGGAGGGCUUUUUCCAGUUCAAUGGGAUAGGAUUGUUUGCCCUGGACUAUACUUUUAUAUUUUCGACUGUAAGUGCAGCCACAUCUUAUCUGAUUGUCUUGCUGCAAUUUGACAUGACUGCAAUUUUGCGCAACGAGGGGCUGAUGUCAUAA